GUUUCACACUUAGUCAGAAAACAGACCAAUCAAGCAACGAUACCCAUUUGUCUGAUUCGGCCGUCAAGCUGUGCUAGGACUCGUUAAGCCACCACGUCUCCUGAGGUGCGAGGCACGCUUCAUCUCAAUCCCCUUCUUCUUCUUUCCCCAUUUUCUCCCAAAAAACUCUAUUUUUAUUUCAAAUUAAAAAAAUUAGGGUUCCGUUUAAGAAACAAAAAUCCAAUCUUCCGCCGUCGUAAUCGAGUGGUGGGUUGAGUUAUAUGGAUUCUCUGGAACUGCAACUCUGACUACUACUCGAAAAAAAAACGGAUGCUUUGAAACUUGGAUACAAGCAAUGGGAGAGCAACGUCAGCUUAGAUCACGUUUUUGUAAUAGAAUGUCUACCAAAAGAUGCAGUGCUAAUGGCAUAAUGAACGAGUUUAUUGUUGUAGACGAUGAUGAGGUCAUCAUUCUUGAUUUUCCUGAGUCAUCCAAAAAAGGCAAAGCCCCGGAGACAUCAAGAGCCAGGGGUGAGCCAGUUUUGCAGAGAGUGAUUAGCAUUGACGAUGAUGAUGAGGAUGAUGAUGAUACAGAGAAUGUUCACAAAGAUGGGAGUAGUUCAAGCCGUAUGCACACAUCUGUAGAAGUGGAUGGUGAUGAUGAUGAUUGCCAGUUCGUUCAAGAAAAGUGUGCUUCGUUUAGAUUUACGAAGUGCAACCAGGCGACUAUGCCCUCUUCUGGAACUCGAUUUGGGUUAGACUCUGAUUCUGAAAGUGAUUUGUCUGAGAGCGACUGUUCUGAUUGUGAGAUUUUAGAAGGUUCUCAGGGAGAGGUUCGCGAGCAGUGGGAGAAAGCUUUCUUGGAAAAAAUGAAGAAAGCAGGUAAAGCUGGUCUGAGUGAGGAGGCUGGUCCUUCUAAUCUCCACUGUGACACUAGCUUCAGGCCUGGUUUCGAGAGUAGAACUGAACAACAUGAACAAACCCCUUCCUUCUUUACCGCAAGAAAUGCACGUAGGGGUAAGAGAACCUCUUCAGCUUUCUUUGGAACCGAGAAAUCAGGUAAAGCUGGUCUGAGCGAGGAGGCUGGUCCUUCAAAUUUCAGGCCUGGUUGUGAGAGUGGAACUUAUCAACAUGAUCAAACAGCUUCCUUCUUUUCUGCAAAAAACUUUGAUGGCGGUAAAGGAACCUCUUCAACUUUCUUUGGAACCGAGGAAUCAGGUAAAGCUGGUCUUUCAGGUCUCCACUGUGAAAGUAGAACUGAACAACAUGAUCAAGCAACUUCUUUCUUUACUGCAAGAAAUCCAGAUGGUCGGAAAGAAACCUCUUCUAAGACUUCUUUAUUUGCCGAGCCUUCUUCACUGUCACCCGGAAUACAAGUUGAGCAUGAAAGGUCAAAAUCACCUACAACUUAUUCUACAUCGUCAAAAGAACAGAGAAAACAAAAUAGUGUCAAAGAAGCCGAGGAACAGCCAGACACAGAGCCAGUUCAGUGUGAAACUUCACAGUGGCCUGGAGAGAGUCAAACGAAAAAGGCGGCUAAAGAGAAUCAGAAGAAAAAGGCAGCAGAACAUUCUUAUACCAAGGAAGUUGUACAAGAAGAAGACGCCUCAAAAUCGUCUCCGCUACACACUUCUGAUGGGGAUAGUGAUACGCCGCCUGUUCUUGGGGUAAGUAAUGGAGCCAGAUGUGAGCGUGGGAUAGGUGAAUCAAGGGAACCGAUUACUGAUCCUAUUCCAUCUACUAGUGAACAAGUGGAAGGUCUUCAAGGUACAGCUCCUGAAGUCGAUGUCAUGCUUAACAGAGAAAUGUUGAAAGAGACAGAUGAAUACAAGAAAGCACAAAAAGAAGAAUGGGAAUCAAGGCAACGGCAGUUACACCUCCAGGCAGAAGAAGCUCAGAGGCAACGUAAGAGAAGAAAGUUAGCGAACACGCGGCAGUUGGAGAUGGAAAGAAGGCAAAAGGAGAGGGUAGAGGAAGUGAGAGAGACACAGAAGAAGGAGGAAGAAAGCAUGAACAUGAAGGAGAAAGUCCGCGCAGAAAUAACCAAAACGCUUAAAGUUCUUGAACUCGGAUGCUUCAACAUGGCAGCUUUGCUUCGAGGCUUAGGGAUUCCGGUUAAGGGUGGAAUAUCUCCUCCACCACAAGAGGUACACGCAGCUUACAAACGUGCAGUUCUGAAGUUUCAUCCGGACAGAGCGUCAGGAGGUGACAUCAAACAGCAGGUCGAAGCAGAAGAAACAUUCAAGCUUAUUGCUCGGAUGAAGGACAAAUUUUUAUCAUAACAUGAACCAAAAAAGAUGAUUUUAUAAAAUCAGUUGUUUUUUGUUUUUUGAAAUUCCAGGAAUGAUAUGAUUCCGUGUAAAUUCAGUUAUCCAACAAAAAACCAAAUUGUUGGUUUUUAAAAAAAAAACACUUGAAAGAAUAGAACACCAAGAAUUGGUUGGUAUUAUCAUUAACUCCU